GUCGCGGUAUUCUCAUAUAUUCGUCGUUGAUCGCACCUCAACCAACAUAUUCGAUGAGAAUGACCUGCUGAUCGUAAGUCGCUUAGUCUUUUGACUGGCUUCCUAUCCUCCUGUUACAACAUACCACGCAUACAAAAUUGGUUAUUGCCUACAUGCUGGCGAGUUAUCAUAACAACAAAAUUUUUAUUCGUCAAUGUUAGAUAAAAUACUUUUUUUGGCACAUUUGACCAUUUUUUUUAAAAAUAUUUAACCGUUUGGGCUCUAUCGAAAACUCAUUCGACCUCGAAAAACUCGGAUUACUUUUGUAGCGUUAUUUCUGUCAGAUGAAAUUAUGUAUCUUUCCUUUUUCUAGCUUGCGGAAAAGCUCACUAAUAUUGACUUAGAGGGCGAAAGACUUAUUCGUGACGAUUACAAGUAUCUGGAGUGGAGAAACGGUCUAUUUAACGAGCGGUCGGCCUCUUUAAAUCGUCAAAAGUGAGUUCUGUUUAACUACUGAUUGGCACCUGAAUUGAUUUAUUACUAAUCACUGGGAUUCGAUGAGAAGGCUAAUUGCUAUUUUCACGUUAUCGUUUUGGAGAUACGGCCGCGCAUCGGCAAAAUACUUCUAUUGUUAUUUUCACCCUUUACUGAUCUUCGUUUUUUGUAUAGAUUCUCUUCGGCCACGGUAAAGUUUUCUACUGUCUUCAAGAAGCACCGGUUUCCUUUGGAUAUGAAGGAAGGCAUGUACAGCUUUGAUGCCAAGGAACUCCAGUACUAUGUUUACAAACGGGUAAGUGCACAAUUCACAACUAUGUGCAUCCCAAAUUCUACCCGCGCUACGUUGGACGUAUCCGGCGAUAAGUUACUAUUCUCUUUUAGGAGUUCCUGCCUGUCUGUUAUCAGGGGCUGUCUUACAUUUGUACCCCUUGACUUAACGCGAAGUGCUUAGCCUACAUCUGUUUAAUUUACUCUGCCUCCACGUCUUGGAGAUAACAUUUCAUCUUACUCUCUCUGUAUCGACUGUGUACUUUGUUUCUAACUCCUCAGAGCGCGAGAAUAGUCGUGAAUAAUAGAGUACUCUGAGACUUCAUGAAAAUCCCGUUUGUACCAUUUUUCAUCUGCAGCACCGGCAGCUAUCUGUGUGAUUAUUCUCGUCAGAGGUGACUCAUACCGGCCAGAGAGAGCCUUCUGGCGCAAAAUGUACCGCACUUUUUUUACUCUCGAGAUCCGUAAUUUUUCAUCUAGCACUCCCUUUUUAUCCGAUACCCGAGGAAAAACAACAGGCGAUUUUACUCGGGAAAGAUUCCUUGAAUUAGUUCGGAGUAUUGAUGUACCUAGGCGUAAUCUGCACAGUAGCUUACCGGUUUUCGUCGUAGAAUCUUUACGAGUGCCUAUGCCCUCUAUGUCACGAACUGUACCUCUCCACGCGUAACGAUCCGCGGCAGUAGAUCUGGACAGCUCAACCCAUUCCCUUCGCCAACGACGUAGACCGAGUACCGAAGGUCCAAGAACCACCUCCAUGUCUUGACGAACUGUGUCGAGCCAGGUUUUGAACUGACCUCCUCUUCGACGCCUCUACUGGGGUAGCGGUGCCGGAUCGAGAGCAGUAACACUGAGCUCCUGAGGUGGACGACAAAGAACAUGCCCGAACCACCUCAGUCGUCUUUCUUGGAUGGCCUGAGUUAUCCUUGCGAUGUUGUUGCAGCGAGCGCGGACUGUCUCAUUUGAGACGAAAUCGGUGAACUUCACUCUAAGGAUGGUCCUCAAGCAGUGGUGAUCAGAUACCUCCAGUCUUUGCUCGUCCCCCGCGCGCAAAGCCCAGCAUUCACAACCGUAGAGAAGGACAGACCGGACAGAUGCACGGUACACGCGAAUGUUAGUGGCGAUGAAGAGGUCUCGUCGGAUCCAUAGGCAUUCUCAAAGGCCUGAGAAAACCCAGCGGGUAGCAUCAAUUCGGGAGACGUUGUCGUCCUUACUCCAUCCAUUAGGCAGCAGCCUCGCCCCGAGAUAUUUAAAACCGCCUACUUCUUCAAGUUGACAACCAUUAAUUUCGAGAAGUGCCUUCUCGUGGUAAGGGAUGCAGCUUAAAAACACUUUGGUCUUCCCAGUGUCUAUGGAUAAACCGACCGAUCUAGCGGCCUCGUUCACCCGUGACACCAUAGACUGCAGAUCACCAAAACUUGAAACAAGUAAGGCGAUAUCAUUGGCAUAGUCGAGAUCAGUUAGUCCGUGUCCGGGUGCAAACUCAACACCGUCACCUUCGUGUAGGGCCCUCCCGAGAAUCCAGUCAAUAGCGUAGUUGAACAGAAUGGGCGACAGGAUACAACCUUGUCGAACGCCAGACCGAAUACCGAACGGUUGGGAAAGAUUGUUGCGGACCAGGACUCUCGCAGUAGUGGAGCGAUAUGUAAAUACGUUUUGCUUGGACUCUUGUGUGGUGCGUCGACGCGGUGUAAUAAAAUCUCACAUUACACUGCUAAUUGGCAGCAGGUGACGUAAAUCGUGAGAUGUGAAUCUUCAAUCACUUGGAAACCGGCCCAAUUGCAAGGACCAGCGCUCCAAAUCGCGACCUUCGAUUGAAAUGAAAGUGCUAUUAUUUCGGUUGAAAAGAACAAUUUUCUUAAGAAAAGCGGAACCGUCAGAGUCGCGAAACUUUCUGUCAAAUGCCUAAACCCAUUUUGUAGAAGCUUGGAUAGCAAGAAAGUAAGCACAGCAACGUUUGAAAAUAAAAACUUUUGCCAAUAAUCCGGCUAAAUAUCUUCAAGAAACUAGCGUUAAGUGCCAUGUGGUAGCUACUCAACUGCCGGAUGUUUGAUGUUACGCAAAUUCGAUGUGAAUACAGUAUCUGGCCAAUUUCGUGAAAUUUUAAUCGAAACUCUUAAAUGCAUUUUUUUAUUAGGAAGUAUUACUUUGGUGGAGUUAUAACAUUGAUUAUUGCGCAACAUAAUCCCCGGAUGCCGGCGUGACAACGCCUCACUAGACAAUGAAUCUUUAUCUUCGCUUAGAUCAGCUGGGGUAGUGUUAAAGUAAAGCAAACGUCUGUCACCGUUUUCAUUGCCGAUUUUCGCUGUGAACGUUCAUUCUUCAUGUUUGGAUGAGUACAAAUAAGACUGAAACAACCACCUGCAUUAGACAGAAUGUCCUGACACUCGCUACCUCGGUAAAUGCUUUCAAGGUAUAUCUUAUUUUGGAGGCCUUGAUAAACGUAUCACAGAGUCUACCUUUAUGGUAAAUCGAUUGAAAACACUAGAAGUCGUGCAAUAUUCAGCAAUCUUUCAAGGACGGUCUGAAACUCGAUGUACUCCAGAACAAGAAAAACCUAAAAACUUGACGGAAGGCAACUUCUCUUAAUACACGUUAAAUUCUACUUUUAAGAUUGCACUUGUCAAUUCUAUUCAAAUUUAUUAGUCACUAACCGACCUGUCACCAUGUGACCUUAUGAAAACUUCUAUUCCUGUGUCGUGCCAGUCGGCGAACUCAAGUUAAAACCUGCUAGUUUUAGCCAACUGUAGUUCAGGCAAUGCACAAGCAUAAAAAAUACAGCCAAUUCUCGUGAGACCGUUUUGAAAUCUAUGCUCGAGCUAUUGGCUAACCGCCAUACCUGACAUUACACUAAUUCUUAAGAGAUAUUUAAACAUAAGCUUCGUUAAAGAACUAUUUUCAGGCAUUAUUCUACUUGUGCCGUUUGAUUUACUUAAUUUGUUGCGCGGACAGGCUUUCUGCGCACCUAGGACUUAAGGUUUUUUAGUUGCAGCGGUUUUUGAUGUUUUCCGAAUUUACGCUUUUCUGACAAAAAUUAUUACUUCUAAACGACGUAAUACUGUUUUUAACACUUUCUUUAUUCUUCCAGUUCGUUUAAAGUUGUUCAGUAUGAAUGUGGAGUUUUGGUUCAUUCGUUUGUGCCGGUUUGCGAGUAAUUAGCGAUGUUUCGUAAAUUUCGACAAAUUACCAAAUUUACUGCAUAUUGUCCGACCACAUCAAAGUCCCACCCACUCAGUGUUUCCUAAUUAAAACCACAUGUCAGAAUUGGGGAUAAAGUUUUAUGAGGUAAGUUAGAUGCUGUAGGAAAUUGCCUGAAAGUCAACGUUGGUUUUCAUGGAUAAAAUGACUUGGCUACAUUCUGCGCGAACGAAGGGUUUUUUUUCGAAAUGCGUAAUAAGUAAACUGCUUUGUAUGAGCCAUGUAUAUUUCGGUCAUGUUUCUCAAUUUGCGUCACUUUUGUGUGUAUAACUUUGCAUUAUAUGAACAAACUGGAAUAAACGACGUGAUGGGAAAUAAGCAGCAAAACCAAAAACUCCAAUGCGAUUUACGCAAAUCAUGCAGAAUUGCGCUACUCAUCAAGCUGUGGACUGGCUUCAAAACAUUUAGCACGAGGAUUAUCUCAAACGUCCCGUUUAAAUGAAAUUGGGAUUGUCUAGUUUUAGUUUUCAUUUCCUUUCCACGGAAGUGUUUUGUAUCUUUGCGAAUAGCAGAGGAACGUCUUUUCAGUAAAAAUACUAGUUGCAUUAAUGUUAGCGCUUUAUUUCGCUCGAGAGAACAUGCCCAUAGCCACUGAAGACGUUUCAAGGCUUGUGUAUACUUGUGGUCGUUUUAUAAAUUUCGCUCUCGAACUAAUGACCGGUACAGUUAAAUACUACUCUGGGGAUACAGUAAAGCGUUCUGUCUCAAUUGAUUCAACAAUGAAAUAACGAAUUGAUCUGCUUUGCGCAAUUUAUUACAUGGACGACUACAUUUGUCCCCACUAUCAGCCCCUAAAAACCUUUUGGAAAAUUUGGCAUUCUUGUCAGGUGAAGACUUCCUUCUGUCCUGAAACGUCUUGGCCUAGAUCGGCGGGAUUAUCAAAAGGUCAAUUUUUGCUUUCAAAGAGUUUGAAGUAGUCAUCCGCGCCAAAAUAUUCUGGGUGGAGACUGGAACUUUUUAGCUGUGUGUGCAAGUGCGCCCCUGCCGUUUGCAUUGCCAUCGAAAAGCAACUCUCACACCAUUUGGUUGUAAAAGUAGUUUUUCUUGCUACUUACAUUUAUUAAAUAGCUUGGGCAAGUUGUUUAUUAAUUUGUAUAUGAGUUAUCGGCGUGGAUUAGCGUUUGGAGUUUGGGUAAGUUACCGGUUUAUUGGAAGUACGGGUUGUCGGAAAGAGUUAACAUUGGGCUGCAGUACCGUCAGCCUUAACCACUGACCUACGUAAUCUACUUACCACCACUAAACAGCAAACAUUGUGCUUCAUGUGGUUUUACUGGUACGUACUUUGGUUGCGCGCCCACCGUCAGCGGAAGUGACGGUUGCUCGUUGCGGACGUAGCCACUGCGACAUUCUCACUGGCUCCCUACAUAAAGGCCGCUCUGUUCUGUUAGCGUUUUAUCCACUGAAAGAAUCAUCGGUGAUUGCUUAGCACUUUUACUGUCCAGGAGUUCUUGGACUGCUUUUUGGUCGCCUUUGUUGUUCCCACCUGCCUAGCCCCCAUUUUACCGAUGGCCUAACGGUCAAUCUGGGCUGUUGUUGCGACAAGUGGAUCUGAUCAAAGCAAGUGUUGUCAUAUUUCAUGUGACCUUUUGUACGACAAGGCGCGUUGAGGACAGUGGUUUUGGCCAAACAAGGUAUGCUUCAUCGUUAGACUGCGCAUUCCUGGUUAAAGUAAACUGUACUGUACGCAAGCAUAUCGCCGAAUUUCGAUGUAAGUGUGAUGUCUGUGCGUCCCCGGAUGCUUGACCUCCUGCCUACCAAAACAGUUGAGUUUUUUAUCGUGGUUCUAACUGUUGGAUUAUUUCGUUUCUUUUUCUUGCUAACUCCAUCAGCUGCCCCCCCCCCUCCCCCAUUGCAUGAGAAGACAUUUCUGCGAGGUGUUAUCUGAAAUAUUCGGCUAAAUAUACGUCGAAAUCUAUAUACCAGCUUAUUCUAGUGGCCAACAGCACUUUCUCCCAUCAGCAACAGGGUUCUGAGGUUUUGGUUUUUUUUCUCUGACCGACUGUUAGCAAGAAGCCAGUUAGAGGCUGUCCUUUUACCUUCCCCGCCACUCAGUACAUUCUAUCAGUACUCGCUUAGUCGAUAACUGUAACUGCCAGCAAUAUUUCUCCUAAUUGUUGGGCCAAUUUCCCUGUUGUUCUGUUUUUAAAGGAUCCUCGAUUGAAGUACGCACCCGGCUAUGAUCCUUCGCACGACAGCCUCACACGGAUUAUGUUUGAUCCCUGGGUGCAGAAGCGAAAUUUGGCUUACGACUGGCCCAAGUACUUCCUCACCGCCUACUAG